AUGGCUGUCGAAAUUUUAGACGUGGAUCAUUUCGCAAUUAGUGCAAUAGUAACUGUCAGCAUGCAAAUCAUAUUUUUCGUGGUAGCUGCCACAUUCCAAAUGGACAAAGUAUCCGAUUUUGCUGGAGGGAUAAAUUUUAUGAUUUUGGCACUACUCACCUUCCUGCUGGGACAAGCAGGAGAAAGGAAAAGUUAUGACAGUAGGCAGCUCAUGGUGACAGUUUUCGUUUGUUUAUGGGGCAUGAGACUUUCUGGUUACCUCUUGUAUAGGAUUAUCAAAAUUGGAAGGGAUAAACAAUUUGAUGACAAGAGGAGUAACAAUAUUAGAUUUGCUAUUUUUUGGACAUUUCAGGCUGUGUGGGUGUACGUAGUUAGUCUACCUGUGAUAAUAAUAAACUCGCCAAGGCAUUCGAUUCCCCUAGCACCUAAAACGAUGACAACGUUGGAUUCCACAGGAACAGCAUUUUUCGUUGUGGGACUAUUGGCCGAGACUUACGCGGAUUUACAGAAAUUUUCGUUCAGGCAAGAUCCGGACAACCAAGGAAAAUGGUGUAAUGAUGGGUUGUGGCGUCUCUCAAGGCACCCUAACUAUUUCGGCGAAAUAAUAUUGUGGUGGGGAAUUUUCAUCAUAUCUUUGAACGUUCUGGAUGGUGUGGAAUGGAUAGCAAUCAUGUCACCACUUUUUACAACAAUUAUCAUACUGUUCCUGUCUGGCAUACCGAUGCUGGAAAAGUCUUCCGAUGAAAAAUAUAGAGACAUAUCAGACUACCGCUUCUACAAAUCCUCCACCUCGCCUCUGAUCCCCAUCCCGCCUUCGGUGUACGUGGAAGUGCCUCAGUUCCUGAAGUUCGUCCUAUGCUGCGAGUACCCCCUGUACAACUCGCUGCAGGAGAAGAAGUCCUCGCACAAUAUCAUCAAGGAGUCCAACAGCGCGUCGCUGGCUGCCUCGCAGACAUAG